UUGGACAAGAGCAGCUAGUUAAUUAGUUGAAUAGUUGAUGAUGUUCAAAAUUCUGAGAUCCACUCAUGCGUCAUCAACACCUUACAAUCGUCCUCAUCCACACAUGUACUUGGGUUCUUGUAUAGUAAUCAUGCUUGCUUGAUUCAUUUCUCCUCCACUGUCUCCACUUCCCUGUUUCUACGCAGGCAUCCUGCUUGAUGGCUUCUUUCAACCUCUCACUUUCCCUUGACAAUUCAUUUGAAUCCAAGAAGCUCAACAAUUUCAGGGUAAAUUCUCUUCAGUUGACUGAUCGUUGUUGUUUUCCGCCGUUUUCCGGUUAUAUUCAUUUAACUGGUGCAUUUGUAGUGAACCCAAUUUGUAAUUUAAAUCCCAUUAGGGUUUGCCGAACAUUCACUGAUGUUUCGGAUAAGUCUGAAUUGGGUCUGGAAGAAGAUAAUGUGAUUGGUUCCACUAGUGAGGAUUUGGGGAAUGAGGGUUCUACUUUGGAAAGUUUGAAUUCAAAUUCGGGUUUCCGAAAAGGGAAGUUUGAUAUUUGGAAGAAGAGGUUUAAAAGUGCAAAGAAAGUAAGCAAUGACUUGAAUACGAGGCGGAGUUUUAGGAGGAAAGAUUGUGAACUUGGAAAUGAACUAGAUGUGAGAAUUGGAUGUGAUGUGGAAAGUCCUGAAUGUGGAGUAAAUAGUGAAAAUGUAGUUGAUUUUGAUGUUAACGUCAUUAGGCUUGACUUGAGUUUAGAGGAGUGUAAUGCAGAGUUGAAGCUGCUCGAGAAGUGUAGUGAUAGGAAAGUUUUAAAAUUUUUUGAGUGGAUGAAAAUAAAUGGAAAGUUGAAGCGAAAUGUUACUGCUUAUGAUUUAAUUUUUCGGGUUUUGGGGAGGAGAGAAGAUUGGGGUGAAGUUGAAGCAGUGAUCAAAGAAAUGAUUUCCGAGUCAGGCUGUGAGAUUAAUUAUCAAGUUUUCAAUACACUUAUCUAUACUUGUCAAAAGAAAGGGCUUGUGGAGUUGGGUUCUAAGUGGUUCCACAUGAUGUUGGAGAAUGGGGUUCGGCCUAAUGCUGCUACUAUUGGGAUGCUAAUGAGCCUUUACCAGAAACGUUGGAAUAUUGAGGAAGCAGAAUUUACAUUCUCAAAGAUGAGGGAUCUUAAAAUAAGCUGCCAAUCUGCAUACUCAGCUAUGAUUACAAUAUACACGAGAUCUGGCUUGUAUAGUAAAGCUGAAGAUGUAAUUGGCUUCUUGAGAGAAGAUGAAGUGGUCUUGAAUCAGGAGAAUUGGUUGGUUCUGCUUAACACUUAUAGUCAACAGGGCAAGAUGCAUAAAGCUGAAGAGAUCUUGGCUUUAAUGUUCAAAGCUGGUUUCAGCCCAAACAUAGUUGCAUACAACACAUUGAUCACUGGAUAUGGCAAGGCAUCAAAUAUGGAUGCUGCCCAGUGCUUGUUUGAGGACCUCAAAAGAUUUGGAGUGGAUCCAGAUGAAACAACUUAUAGGUCCAUGAUUGAAGGUUGGGGUCGGGCAAACAAUUACAAGCAGGCAGAGAGGUAUUUUGCAGAACUCAAAAGCAUUGGGUACAAGCCUAACUCAUCUAACUUGUACACAAUGCUAAAUUUGCAAGCUAGACAUGGAGGAGAAGAGGGUGCCAUAAGGAUUAUUGAUGAAAUGGUGAUGAUUGGUUGCCAAAAAUCUUCCAUCCUUGCCAUUCUUUUACAAAUAUAUGAGAAGGUUGAACAUGUUGAUAAAGUGCCUUUGGUUUUGAAGGGCUCUCUGUAUGACCAUGUCCUAAAAAAUCAGACGUCGUGUUCAACUCUUCUCAUGGCUUAUGUAAAAAAUGGCAUGAUAACUGAUGCGCUGAAAAUUUUAAAUGAAAAGCUGUGGGAUGAUUCUGAAUUUGAGGACAACUUAUACCAUUUACUAAUUUGCUUAUGCAAAGAUUUUGGUCAUCCAGAGAAUGCCGUCAAGAUAUUCACUUGCAUGCCAAAAUCUGAUAUGCCUAAUUUGCACAUAAUAUGCACAAUGAUUGACAUUUACAGUUCAAAGAACUUGUUCACUGAGGCUGAAAAUCUUUACUUAGAGCUAAAUACUUCAGGUAUUGCCUUGGACAUGAUAGCCUUCAGUGUUGUGGUAAGAAUGUAUGUCAAAUCUGGAGCUUUAGAAAAAGCAUGUGCUGUUUUGGACAUCAUGGACAAGCAAAACAACAUUGUUCCAGAUGUGUAUCUGCUUCGAUAUAUGCUUCGAAUUUAUCAGAGGUGCAACUUGAAUGACAAAUUGGCAGAUCUUUAUUAUAGAAUUCUGAAAAGUGGAGUUGUUUGGGAUGAGGAGAUGUACAACUGUGUCAUAAAUUGUUGUGCCCGAGCAUUGCCAGUUGAUGAGCUUUCAAGACUUUUCUUCGAGAUGAUUCAUCAAGGAUACUCACCCAAUACAGUGACAUUCAAUGUUAUGCUAGAUGUUCUUGGUAAAUCUGGACUUCUUGGAAAGGCAAGGAAAGUUUUCAACAUGGCUCAAAAGCGUGGUCUAGUUGAUGCCAUCUCUUACAACACACUCAUAGCUGCAUAUGGCAAAGGUAAGGACCUCGACAAUAUGGCAUUGACUGUGAGGAAAAUGCACUUCAGAGGCUUUACGGUCACUCUUGAAGCGUACAAUUGUAUGUUGGAUGCCUAUGGGAAAGAAGGCCAAAUGGAGAAGUUCCGUGAUGCUUUACUGAGAAUGAAGGAAUCUGGUUGUGCAUCUGAUCAUUACACCUACAACAUUAUGAUUAAUAUUUAUGGAACAAAAGGUUGGAUUGACGAAGUUUCUGGCAUUUUAAUGGAACUAAAAGAUUCUGGAUUUGGACCUGAUUUGUGCAGCUAUAACACUUUAAUAAAGGCAUAUGGGAUUGCUGGAAUGGUUGAGGAUGCUGUGGCUUUGAUCAAGGAAAUGAGAGAAAAUGGAAUAGAACCAGACCAAAUAACUUACACUAACCUCAUCACUGCAUUGCAACGGAAUGAUAUGUUCCUGGAGGCUGUGAGAUGGUCCCUGUGGAUGAAGCAGAUAGGGGUCUAAUACCACUGCACAUAAUAUUACUCUUUUGUUAUAACAGUGUGCCUCUGCUAUUUAUUGACAUCCAACAAUCCCGGGCUCAAGCUUACCAUCCAACAGACCAAUAAACCUUUUCAGAGGAAGCUGGCUUGCAAACAUUACCAAUGCAUUUAUAUAUACAGAUAAGGAUGACCAAAGGCAUGGUUGCCAUACCAGAGCUGCACUAUAGUUUGGAAUUGACUGUGCAGAAAGCAAAGAAAAUGAGGCAAGAGAGACAUUCUCAAAGAUGUGAUGGUGAGCUCAAACGCCGUGCAAUCCCAUCAUAACACACAAAAUAUUACGUUAACCUGCAACUUCUCUUGCUGCUGCCUUGAUUCUUUUUAUUGAGUUGACAUAUGAAUCAACAACGUAUAUACAAGGAGGGAGUGAAGGUUUUGGCCCUUUUUUUUUUUUUUUUUAUCCAACUUGUUUGUAUCUUGUGUUUUACUUGUACUAAUAAAUGUUGUAUUGCUAUUUUCAAAAGAAAAGAAAAUGUUGUAUUGCUUCUCGCCAUUUGGUGUUUUAAGUGAGUGUUGAGCUUUCGUAACACGAACAAUUAUUGUA